AUGACAUUCCUAGCCGAUCUUAUUUUCAUCCUUAAACUAGUUGUCGCUGUUUCCCCGUGCAACAUUGCUCUAAAGGAAUGUGAAGCCGAUAAUACUUCGAAGCUAGGAUUUGUCCUCGUUGAGUGGACGAGGGUAACUCCACAAUGGAUCGAACAAACUUUCAAAGAUGGAGUGAUCUUAAAAUACACUGAAGAAAAUGACGGGCUCACCAUUUACGGCCAAGUGACGUCAAAUGGAUGUCUUUCAGGGAAAAAUCCCGGAGCCCUGACUCUGAUUAAAAGCUACUGGACUAAGAUAAAAUGCACUCAAGAAUUCUAUGGGAAAGCUCUCUGUUGGAGCAUAUUUGGAGAUAGCAGGUAUGGUCGAGCCUCAGCUGGCAAGAAACCAACAGGUGUGCAUCCCUUUGAUUCCUCUCAAGGAGAUUCCAUCACAAAUCAAUACUUCAUGGGUGGAGAUUCCCAUAUCUUCAAUGGUAAAACAACAAGGUGCAACGAUUCAGCGGCAAACUUUAAGAGUAACACAGACCGAAAUGUACGCUAUGCGACAGUGGUUCUCAGAAGAGAAUUGAGUGCUGAAAGUGCCGGGGUUUUUACUGGUACACCAACAUACAAAAUCAAGGAUAUUUACGUAUACUUUUAG